UUUUCCCAGGCUUUCAAUGGAAAUCAAUCUGAGCUAUGAUGCUAUUAUGAACAUUUUAAAUAAUUGCUCAAGGAAAGCACUCUCCAUAAGUGUCAUCAGUGUCCUGUGAAAGACAAUAUAUUUUUUAUUUCAGGGAACGGAACUGAAAAACGUGGUUUCACUUGCCUUUAGUAGUAGGGGCUUCCAAAUCAGCCCCCACCCACCACAACGUCCGGUUGAAAUUCAAAUCGCUAGCUAGCUAAAAAAAAGAACAACAAAGACCGAUUAAACAUCUAUCGACUUUCGUGAUAUUAAACGAUAUCUGAUAAAAGUGUAGACAUCACCAUCUUAGCAAGGAUUUUACCAAGUUGGAAGCCCCAAGUAGUUCACAAGACCUCCUAGGAAGUGAGCUGGAAGGAAAGAAGGAAGGCGCCAGGUUGUGAGAAAACAGAUGAAAGAAGAAGCAACAAUGUCGGAAGAAGGGGCAACGAUGUUAGAAGAAGGGGCAACAAUGUUAGAAGAAGGGGCAACAGUGUCGGAAGAAGGGGCAAAAAUGUCAGAAGAAGGGGCAAAAAUGUCAGAAGAAGGGGCAAAAAUGUCAGAAGAAGGGGCAACAGUGUCAGAGGAAGCGGCAACCGUGUCGGAAGAAGGACAGAUGGAUGCUGCUGGUACUGGUAGUGAAGAGGAGUCAGGUGAAGCCUUGUCUAAUGGCAGGCCUAUACCACCUAAGAGGGGAAGGGGUAGGCCCAAAGGAUCAGGCUCCAAGAAACCCAAGAUACUGACGGUACUAGACAAGCGGCCACGGGGCAGGCCACGUAAAGAGGUUGACCCUAAUGCUGUUUCAGCAGAGACAACUGCACCUCUGAAGCGUGGCCGGCCCAAAAAAGUUAAACAACAAAAAAAAAGGGGUAGGCCGAGGAAGAACCUGCUGUCAACCGAGGAGGAAGAGGAGAGAAAGAAACCGAAAAGCCAACCUAAGGGACCUAGAGUGUGGAAGCCUCUCGGAAGGCCGCGCAUCCAUCCCCGCGUGGAUCCCCCCGCCACACCCACCUCUGCCGAGCCACGGGGAAGAGGCCGUCCACGCAAGGCAAUAACAGGUAAAGGUGCCCACUUACGGAAAAACCCACCUCCAACUUCUAAGAUUUCCAACCCCCCCGCUAAAGAUGGUUCCCCGCAAAAGAGGGGCCGCCCCUUAGGCUCCUUCAAUGCAAACAAAGCCAAGAGAGCAGCAGAGAAGGAUAGGUCCAACAGUGCACCCCCAGCCAAACAGGGGUGCACUGUUUCUCCAAUAGUAAGGCUUUACCGCUGCUCCAACGGUAAAGCAAAUGUGUUAGAUGAAGCUGCCUUGGAGGAAAAUGAAGAUACAGAGAGAAAUGAGGACGAAUACUUUUCUCCAGUAGAAGAUGACGAGGAAGAGGAAAUCAAACCACGCAGUGGUCGUCGCAAGUCUAGCAAACCUGGUAAGGUAGCGGCAGCCAUAAAGAAGAAAGUAGUGGUUGUUCCUAAGAGGCGGGGUAGAAAGCCUGGCUCAACCAAAAAGGUUGUAAAGUAAAAGGAACCUAGGUGGAGCAGACUGAACGAGACAACAUAGCUUGUUGCCGGGAAACACAAAAUAUCAGUAGCAUCUUGUAAGAUGAACGGACAUGUUUUUAACAUUUUAUUAAUGUGAUAGCUCUAAGCUCUUACCCAACUCUUUCUUGUUUUCUCAACUAACCUACGUGUCUAUUUGCUCUUGCUAUUAUUUUUUUAUGGUUUGAUGCCUUUGUGGAAACCAUGUGAAAAAGCAAGUACAUUUUUGUAUUUCCUUUGUCAUCCAUAGCUUGAAUGAUGUGAAGACAAUUUUAUUGACAGUUGUUAAUCUUGUAUUGGUCGGUCCAGACUAAUCCCAUUUAGAUUCUUCCCCGGUACUGUUAUUGAUACUGUUUCUAAUUCCAUGCACAUCCUAUAGAUGUUGAUAUUCUCAUUGAGGUUUGUUAAUCUUGUAUUGGUCAGUGCAGACUUAUCCAAAUAAGCUAAAAUGGGUUAAAUCAAUCGAAUCUGUUAAGUAUUUUGUUUUUCGUUUUUUUUUUUAAUAGAAAAAAUCAUGAACAUGCUUUUAAUUGUUGUCUUAUCUCUCCUAAAGCUCUGCAGUUUUCGAAUUGCUAAUGUCUUGUAAUUUUAUUUGCCUUAAUUGCCAAAGCUUUGAAUAUAACAACUUCCCAUUCCCCUUCCCAGCUAUCUUUGUUUCGAAACAGAUUUUGUUAGUGUCAAUAUCAUGGCACCCUUUUACCUAUAAAGUGCACUACUUUUGACCAAAGCCCUAUGGACCCUGGUCAAAAGUAGUGCACUAUAAAGGGAAUAUGGUGUCAUUUGGGAAUGCACCAUAAUCAUAGUUUCACUUUCUUUCACUUGGUUCAUUGCAUAAUUCACCUUAUGGAGUCAAGACAAAAAAAAAAAAAAAAGACAGUAACUGUAAACUUCCAAUCCAUCAUCCCUAAGAUUUCUCUCAGAAGAUGUACAGCUAUUGACUACUGUGAGGGUUUUGUUUGCCAGUAUCAUCCUUGUAAUUCACUCAACAUCACUCCUCACAGUUCUUUUUAAGACUUACUUUUUUAUGUUAGCUGUCAGCUCUUUUUGCUAGUUUUUUUAUCACUUGGCUUUCAACUGAAGUGGAUGGCUUGGUUUCACAGACUCUGGUCGAAUUUGUGUGUAAAUGUUGUUCAAGAUUGUAUGUUAAACAUGUCUUCAUCUAGCCUAGUAUUUGUUUCUUUAAUGAAUGAUGUGCUUGACCAUACUGCAUUACAACAGUUCAUACUAUACAACUCAAUAGUAAUUGAGGUACACAACAGAAUCUAUCACUUGUAUGAAUUCAUGUUCCUGUGACCAAAGUUUGUUACAGUUUCAUGUUUUCCUAUGUUGCUUGGAUUAAUUCAAUGUUCUUGGUUUGUAACAAUGUUUUUGAAGAAGCAGUUAGAACUAUAGAGAUAUAGAUACAUACUGUAAAACAUACAGUAUGUAUCUCUGUGAUCAGAAACAGGUCUGGGAAACCACCCCAACAUUAAUUUGAGGGUAAUGUGAAUUUCAGUUUUGUUAGAGAGAGCAAAUAUUUAGAAAGUUUGCUGUAAUAAAGUGAAAUGUCAAACUUUGUUUUAUUUGUUGAUGUUUUUUAAUCUCAAUAAAAACUAAAAGAUGA